AUGAGGGGGAGUUUGGUGGGGUUGUGCUUCCUUGCUUUGACUAUAGCCCAUGUCACUGAGAUCCAAGCCAGAUGGGUCCGCAACCAUGUGAGCAGCAUCUGUAGCACAUGGGGCAGGGAGCACUUCAAGACAUUUGAUGGUGAUGUGUACCAGUUUCCUGGCAUGUGUGAAUACAACCUGGUCUCCGACUGCCAUGACACCUUCCCAGAGUUCUCUGUGCACAUGAAGAGGAAGGAAAACGAUGGAAACCCGACAGUCAGUUAUGUGGUGGUCACCAUCAGCGAUUUUGCAUUUCACCUCAGCAAGGAUGUGGUCACUGUGAACGACCUGCCUGUCAAACUUCCACACUACCAGGCCGGAGUACAAGUGGAAAGAAAUGCAGUCUACAUCAAGCUCCAGUCCAAAGUUGGCAUCAUUGUCAUGUGGAACCUUGAUGAUGCAGUCAUGGUGGAAAUUGAUAAUGAUUACACUAACCGCACUUGUGGACUUUGUGGAGAUUUUAACGGUGUUCCAGUCUACAAUGAGUUCCUCCUUGAUGGUCGCAAAAUCAGCCCCAUUGAGUUUGGCAACAUACAUAAAGUCCAUCGUCCAAAUGAUGAUUGUGAGGACCCAUAUGAAGAGGAAGAUGUCUCACAGGAAGCUAUGAAUGUGCCAGAGUCAUGCAAAGAGUUUCAAAACACCUGUGAAGAGAUGCUGCAUGCAGAAACCUGGAGAUCCUGCAUCAAACUGAUUGACCCUGAGCCUUACAUUCAGGCCUGUGUGCAAGACAUGUGUGGCUGUACCAACCAUUCAGAUGACUUUUGUGUCUGCAGCACACUCUCUGAGUUCUCUCGACAGUGUUCUCAUGCAGGAGGGGAGCCUCCCAACUGGAGGACUUCUAAGUUCUGUGUCAAACAGUGCCCAUUCAACAUGGUUUAUGAAGAGAGUGGAUCCCCUUGUGUGGAUACCUGCACGCAUCAAGACACAAGCUCAUUCUGUGAGGACCACAAAAUGGACGGCUGCUUCUGUCCUCCUGGAACCGUGUUCGAUGACAUUUCCAUGAGGGGGUGUAUUGCUCAGUCUGAAUGCCAGUGCAAGCAUGGAAAAAUCUAUGAAUCUGGUGAAGUUUACAGACAGGAGCGAGAGGAAUGCACAUGUUUUGAGGGUAGAUGGGCUUGUGAAAGUCUUUCAACACCUUCUACGUGUGCGGUUGAAGAAGGUUCACAUUUAACCACCUUUGAUGGGAAAGACUUCACCUUCCACGGAGACUGUUACUACACCCUGGCCAAAGUGGAAAGAAAGGAUGAUGCAAGCCCCAGGUUUACCAUUCUGGUCAAACUGGUACCAUGUGCUCACCAAGAGUAUGACACCUGUCUGAAGACCAUCAAAAUCCUGCUGAACAAUGACAGAAACAAUGUGUUAACAUUCACUGCUGAUGGCACAGUGAAGCAGAAUAUGCAGAUUAUCACUUUGCCAUACUUCUCAGGGGAUAUCAGUAUAUUCCACGCUUCAUCCUUUCACAUCAUCCUCCAGACCAGUUUUGGUUUGCAAAUUCAGAUCCAACAUGUGCCUCUCAUGCAAGUUUAUGUCAGCCUGGAGCAGAGCUACAGAGAAAAGACACGCGGUUUAUGUGGGAACUACAACAUGGUCCUGUCUGAUGACAUGAACACGCGUCAGGGAAUUGUGGAGGGAAGUGCAGCAGCUUUUAGUAACUCCUGGAAGGCUAGCCAUGUAUGCCAAGACAGAGAAGACAGACUCGAUGACCCUUGUUCUUUCAGCGUGGAAAAUGAAAAGUAUGCCAAUCACUGGUGCGCCUUGCUACGACAGCCAAAUAGUACUUUUGCAGAGUGCCAUUCUGUUGUGGAUCCUGAGAUUUACUACAAGCGAUGUACUUAUGCUAGCUGUAACUGUGAGAAGAGCGAGGACUGCCUGUGUGCUGUUUUCUCCUCCUAUACCAGAGCUUGUGCAUCAAAGGGAGUGUUCUUGACAGACUGGAGAGAGAAUGUGUGCGACAAAUACACCAAGAACUGCCCAGAAUCUCAGACCUUCUCUUACAAACAUCAGAGAUGCCAGCUGACUUGCAGAUCAUUGAGCUUAAAGCAGCAGAGCUGCACCUCUGAUUUCUUGCCUGUGGAUGGCUGUUCCUGCGCUGAGGGUCACUACCUAGAUGACAACGGCAUCUGUGUCCCAGUGGCAAAGUGUCCCUGUUACCAUAAUGAAGUCUACGUAAAGUCAGGCAAGUCCAUCAGCAUCAACAACGAGCGCUGCGUAUGCGCCAACGGAGUUCUUCAUUGCCAUUCUGGGAGAACCCGCAUGUCAACUUGUCCUUCUCCUAAAGAAUACUUCAACUGUUCCACUGCAAGUGCAGGAGUUGUUGGAGUGCAGUGUGCUCGAACUUGUUUAAAUCUGGACAAUGAUGAUUGUGAUGCCACAGAGUGUGAAUCUGGUUGUCGGUGUCCCAGUGGCCUCCUUGAUGAUGGUAAAGGUUUCUGUGUGAAAGAAAGUGACUGUCCAUGCAAACAUGAAGGCCAUCUCUAUGCCUCAGGAACACGAAUACCUAACCAGUGCAACACCUGUACCUGCCAAAGUGGAAAAUGGACAUGCACAGAGAAAAAAUGUCCAGGAACUUGCCUUAUUUAUGGAAGUGGUCACUACACUACAUUUGAUCAGAAAACAUAUGCAUUUCAAGGACAGUGCGGCUAUAUUGCUGUAAAGAACAACUGUGGCAAUAAAACAGUGCACGACAACUUUGGAGUUAUCACUGAAAAUGUACCUUGUGGCUCUACGGGCACCACCUGCUCUAAAAAAGUCAGAAUUCAACUGGGGAGAAAGGAAAUCAAAUUAUCAAGGGGAAGAUUUGAAGUGGAUGAUCUGGGACAUGGGCCUUUGAUCAAGUACAGAAUAAGGAAGGUUGGCUUGUAUGUGGUUGUAGAAUCUGUCAUCGGUGUGGCAGUGAUUUGGGAUCGCAAAACAGCUGUUCGGAUCCUGCUGGAACCAAUGCACAGUGGAGAGGUGUGUGGCCUGUGUGGAAAUUUUGAUGGUGAUGGACAGAAUGACUACACCACCCAGGGUCAGCUGGUGGUGAACAAUCCACUCGAAUUUGCAAACAGCUGGAAAGUUUCUAGCUCCUGUCCAGAUGUGGAGGAGAACAUUGAUCCUUGCACAUUGACACCCGGUCGACAUCUGUGGGCAAAAAUGAUGUGUAGCAUCAUAACUGGAGACACAUUUAAAGAAUGCCGCAAAAAGGUUGACCAUGGUCCAUUUUAUGACAACUGUGUGAAAGACUCAUGUGCCUGCGACACUGGAGGAGACUGUGACUGUUUCUGCACAGCGGUUGCUGCUUAUGCUCAGGCUUGCAAUGAGCAUGAUGUUUGUGUUGCAUGGAGAACUCCAGAGAUCUGUCCUGUCUAUUGUGAUUACUACAACGACCCAAAAGUAUGCAUUUGGCACUACAACCCUUGCCACCCCGCGUGCUACAAGACCUGUUUGAAUCCAAAAGGUGUAUGUUUCAAUCCGAUACCCACUCUGGAAGGCUGUUAUCCUGUAUGCCCAGAAGAUAAGCCCAUAUUUGAUGAGAAAAACCAAACAUGUGUGGAUUACAACCACAACCAUACCUCCAACUACCACGACGACAACCACAACGCCACCUCCUCCAACCACAACUCCACCUCCUCCAACGACAACUACAACCCCAACUCCGCCUCCUCCUACCACAACUACCCCUCCUCCUCCUACCACAACUACCCCUCCUCCUCCUACCACAACUACAACCCAGCCUCCACCUCCCACUACCACAACUACAACCCCACCUCCCACUACCACAACUACAACCCCACCUCCUACCACAACUACGACCCCACCUCCUCCUACCACAACUACAACCCCACCUCCUCCUACCACAACUACAACCCCUCUUCCUACUACUACAACUACAACCCCAACUACGCCUACUCCUGCCACAACUACAUGCAUUCCAGGUACCGAAUGGUAUGUUGUAAGACUGUCAUAUGUUCGAGCACAACUAUGACUCCACCUCCCACUACCACAACUACGACCUCUCCUCCUACUACUACAACAGCUCCUCCUACAACUACAACCCCACCUCCCACUACCACAACUACAAAACCACCCCCCACUACCACAACUACAACCACACCCCCGCCUCCUCCUACAACUACGACCUCUCCUCCUACAACAACAACUACAACCCCACCUCCCACUACGACAACUACAACCCCUCCUACUACUACUACAACUACAACCCAACCUCCCACUACCACAACUACAACUCCAACUCCUCCAACCACAACUACCCCUCCUACUACUACUACAACUACAACCCCACCUCCACCUCCCACUACUACAACUACGACCCCACCUCCCACUACCACAACUACAACCCCACCUCCCACUACUACAACAGCUCCUCCUACAACUACAACCCCUCCUCCUCCUACAACUACAACCCCACCUCCCACUACCACAACAACAACCACAACCCCGCCUCCUCCUACCACAACUACCCCUCCUCCUACUACUACAACUACAACCCCACCUCCCACUACCACAACUACGACCCCAUGCAUUCCAGGUACCGAAUGUGAGUGGUCAGAAUGGUAUAAUGUGGAUAAAGAUCAAACAGACAAAAGUGACUGGGAAACAUAUGAAAAUAUUACAAAUAGUGGUUAUCAAAUAUGUGACAAUAUUGAAGAGAUUGACUGUAGAGCAGAAGGUUACGAGGACAUAACACUUGAUGACGUUGUGGCUGAAACUGGCCAAGUUGUUACUUGUGAUAAGGAUAUUGGUUUAGCAUGUAGAGUGGAAGAACAGGUUAGACCUCCAUUUAAGUGUCUUGAUUACAAAAUCAGGGUAUGUUGUAAGACUGUCAUAUGUUCGAGCACAACUAUGACUCCACCUCCCACUACCACAACUACGACCUCUCCUCCUACUACUACAACAGCUCCUCCUACAACUACAACCCCACCUCCCACUACCACAACUACAAAACCACCCCCCACUACCACAACUACAACCACACCCCCGCCUCCUCCUACAACAACAACUACAACCCCACCUCCCACUACGACAACUACAACCCCUCCUACUACUACAACUACAACACAACCUCCCACUACCACAACUACAACUCCAACUCCUCCAACCACAACUAACCCUCCUACUACUACUACAACUACAACCCCACCUCCACCUCCCACUACUACAACUACGACCCCACCUCCCACUACCACAACUACAACCCCACCUCCCACUACUACAACAGCUCCUCCUACAACUACAACCCCUCCUCCUCCUACAACUACAACCCCACCUCCCACUACCACAACAACAACCACAACCCCGCCUCCUCCUACCACAACUACCCCUCCUCCUACUACUACAACUACAACCCCACCUCCCACUACCACAACAACAACCACACCCCCGCCUCCUCCUACCACAACUACCCCUCCUCCUACUACUACAACUACAACCCCACCUCCCACUACCACAACUACGACCCCUCCUCCUACAACUACAACUACAACCCCUCCUCCUCCUACAACUACAACCCCACCUCCCACUACCACAACAACAACCACACCCCCGCCUAAUCCUACCACAACUACCCCUCCUCCUACUACUACAACUACAACCCCACCUCCCACUACCACAACUACGACCCCUCCUCCUACAACUACAACUACAACCCCUCCUCCUCCUACAACUACAACCCCACCUCCCACUACCACAACAACAACCACACCCCCGCCUAAUCCUACCACAACUACCCCUCCUCCUACUACUACAACUACAACCCCACCUCCCACUACCACAACUACGACCCCUCCUCCUACAACUACAACUACAACCCCUCCUCCUCCUACAACUACAACCCCACCUCCCACUACCACAACUACAACCCCUCCUCCCACUACCACAACUACAACUACAACCCCACCUCCCACUACCACAACUACAACCCCACCUCCACCUCCCACUACCACAACUACAACUCCACCUCCUCCAACCACAACUACCCCUCCUCCUACUACUACAACUACAACCCCACCUCCACCUCCCACUACGACAACUACAACCCCUCCUCCCACUACCACAACUACAACCCCUACUACUACUACUACUACAACUACAACCCCACCUCCACCUCCCACUACCACAACUACAACUCCACCUCCUCCAACCACAACUACCCCUCCUCCUACUACUACAACUACAACCCCACCUCCACCUCCCACUACGACAACUACAACCCCUCCUCCCACUACCACAACUACAACCCCUACUACUACAACUACAACCCCACCUCCACCUCCCACUACCACAACUACAACUCCACCUCCUCCAACCACAACUACCCCUCCUCCUACUACUACAACUACAACCCCACCUCCACCUCCCACUACGACAACUACAACUCCACCUCCCACUACUACAACUACAACCCCUCCUACUACUACUAUAACUACAACAGCUCCCCCUACAACUACAACCCCACCUCCCACUACCACAACUACAACUACAACCCCACCUCCCACUACCACCACUACGACCCCUCCUCCUACUACCACAACUACAACAGCUCCCCCUACAACUACAACCCCACCUCCUCCUACUACCACAACUACCCCUCCUCCUACAACCACACCCCCGCCUCCUCCUACCACAACUACCCCUCCCCCUACUACUACAACUACAACCCCAGCUCCACCUCCCACUACCACAACUACAACCCCACCUCCCACUACCACAACAACAACCACACCCCCGCCUCCUCCUACCACAACUACCCCUCCUCCUACAACUACAACUACAACCCCAUCUCCACCUCCCACUACGACAACUACAACCCCACCUCCUCCUACUACAACUACAGCCCCUCCUCCUACUACCACAACUACAACCCCACCUCCCACUACCACAACUACAACCCCACCUCCUCCUACUACCACAACUACCCCUCCUCCUACAACCACACCCCCGCCUCCUCCUACCACAACUACCCCUCCCCCUACUACUACAACUACAACCCCAGCUCCACCUCCCACUACCACAACUACAACCCCACCUCCCACUACCACAACUACCCCUCCUCCUACUACUACAACUACAACCCCAUCUCCACCUCCCACUACCACAACUACAACCCCACCUCCUCCUACUACAACUACAACUCCUCCUCCUACAACUACAACUACAACCCCACCUCCUCCUACUACCACAACUACCCCUCCUCCUACAACCACACCCCCCUCCACCUCCCACUACCACAACUACAACCCCACCUCCCACUACCACCACUAUGACCCCUCCUCCUCCUACUACAACUACAACAGCUCCCCCUACAACUACAACUACAACCCCACCUCCACCUCCCACUACGACAACUACAACCCCACCUCCACCUUCCACUACCACAACUACGACCACUCCUCCUACAACUUCAACAGCUCCUCCUACAACUACAACCCCACCUCCCACUACCACAACUACAACCCCUACUACUACUACUACAACUACGACCUCUCCUCCUACAACUACGACCCCUCCUCCUACAACUACAACCCCACCUCCCACAACCACAACUACAACCCUACCUCCUCCAACCACAACUACGACCCCUCCUCCUACAACUACAACCCCACCUCCUCCUACCACAACUACAACCCCUCCUACUACUACUACAACUACAACCCAACCUCCCACUACCACAACUACGACCCCUCCUCCUACAACUACAACCCAACCUCCUACUACAACUACAACCCUAUCUCCCACUACAACCCUAGCCACGCCAACAACUUCAGAAACACCGGAUUGUCCUGA